AAGUACAAACGACUGUUUUAUCAUUGUAGACUGCAGUUUGUAAAGCCCAAAAAUUUUAGGUAUACCCCAGUGGGCUUAAUUCUAUUUUACAAUGCCGCGCCAAGAAGCGGGCGACAGCUUUCUGAAGCGCGAGAAGAACACCCAGGAAGUGGUGGAGAAUGUGAUCGGCGAGCUGAAGAAGAUCUACCGGAGCAAGCUGCUGCCGCUGGAGGAGCACUACCAGUUCCACGACUUCCACUCGCCGAAGCUCGAGGAUCCGGACUUCGAUGCCAAGCCGAUGAUCCUGCUGGUGGGCCAGUACUCCACGGGCAAGACGACCUUCAUCCGUUACCUGCUGGAGCGCGACUUCCCGGGCAUCCGGAUUGGGCCCGAGCCGACGACGGACCGCUUCAUCGCCGUGAUGUACGACGACAAGGAGGGCGUGAUUCCGGGCAACGCCCUGGUCGUGGACCCCAAGAAGCAGUUCCGGCCGCUGUCCAAGUACGGCAACGCCUUCUUGAACCGCUUCCAGUGCAGCAGCGUGGCCUCGCCGGUGCUGAACGCCAUCUCCAUCGUGGACACGCCCGGAAUCCUGUCCGGCGAGAAGCAGCGCAUCGACAGGGGCUACGACUUCACCGGGGUGCUGGAGUGGUUCGCGGAGCGGGUGGACCGCAUCAUCUUGUUGUUCGACGCCCACAAACUGGACAUCUCCGACGAGUUCAGGCGCUCGAUCGAGGCGCUCAAGGGGCACGACGACAAGAUCAGGAUCAUCCUGAACAAGGCGGACAUGAUCGACCACCAGCAGCUGAUGCGGGUGUACGGGGCACUGAUGUGGUCGCUGGGCAAGGUGCUGCAGACGCCGGAGGUGGCGCGCGUGUACAUCGGGUCCUUCUGGGACCAACCGCUUCGCUUCGACGCCAACCGACGGCUCUUCGAGGACGAGGAGCAGGACCUGUUCCGGGACCUGCAGUCCCUGCCGCGGAACGCCGCCCUGCGCAAGCUAAACGAUCUGAUCAAGCGGGCACGCCUGGCCAAGGUGCACGCCUUCAUCAUCGCCGAGCUGCGCAAGGACAUGCCGUCCGUGUUCGGCAAGGACAGCAAGAAGAAGGACCUGAUCAAGAACCUCGGCCAGGUGUACGAUCGCAUCCAGCGCGAGCAAUCCAUUUCUCCGGGAGACUUCCCCGACAUCAAGAAGAUGCAGGAAGUGCUGCAGCACCAGGACUUCACCAAGUUCCACUCGCUCAAGCCGCACCUGCUGGACAUCGUAGACAACAUGCUGGCCAAGGACAUUGCGCGGCUAAUAGAGAUGAUCCCGCAGGAGGAGAUGUCGCUCGUCACCGAGCCUGUGGUCAAGGGUGGUGCCUUCGAGGGAGUCAUCGACGACCACGUCUCACCCUUCGGCUACAUGAAGGGCGAGGGCAUCGAUGCCGGCUACGGGGAGCACGACUGGAUCUGCAACAAGGACAAGCCGCGCACAGACGGCAUUUUCAACGGGCUGGGACCCGUGGAUGGCAAAAUAUCCGGUGCAACUGCCAAGCAGGAGCUCAUCAAAUCGAAACUGCCCAACUCGGUGCUCAGCAAGAUCUGGAAGCUUUCGGAUGUCGAUGGCGAUGGCUUCCUGGACGCUGACGAGUUCGCGCUGGCCUUGCACUUAAUCAACGUCAAGCUGGAAGGCUGCGAGCUGCCCACCACUCUGCCGGAGCACUUAGUACCGCCGUCAAAGCGCUUUGAGUAGUGCCCUGUAAUAUACACCCGAGAUCCCACAACCUCACAGCCCAAACACGUACACAGACGUCAGUUAGAGACCAACUCCUAGGAUGCACUAUGUUCGAUUUGUUUAUUUUCAACCACAGUGCAGGCGACUGCCUUUUUAUAUGUACUCUACUCGUUAUGAACGCGCUAAACUGGGUAUUAAAACACACAAUCGGCAAUGGCAAGCAUUGCAACAUAAGAGAUAUCAAUCAUAAAUUCGUAGAAUUUACACAAACAUAGCAUAUUUUUGGAUAAUCGAUUGUAAAGCGAGAUGUAAUGUAGAGAAGAGAAACCAGCCUAGUGGAAUAAGACAAACAGUGUGUGUUGAGCGCCCAAAUGUCGUUGUUGACUUAAGAAAGUGUGAAGAAACAAUUGUUCAAUGCCAAUGAAAAAGCAUGAAGUUAUACUGUAUACAAUAUCUAGGUUAAUGUCGAUGUGCAGCUUGAAGGGUGAUUAAUUUGCAACCGAACCACUUUUGAUACACAGUAAAUAUAUUUGUUAUAUUGAAAUUUACAACUGGAAAACGUGGGUAAAAAGCAUGUAUUUCCUAUAUUUAUUUUGCAUUCUAAGUUUAUUGUUUGAAAUGCUCCCUCAUGGAAACCCGCAAGAAUUGAAAUGAAAAUGUUGUGCAAUUUAAAUUUUGUAAGUGCAAAUUAUUGCCUGUGCUUCGACUAUUUUGUAAUUAGUAAAUUCUUGAAUAUUAUUAAAUGUGAAAUUAAAACUGAUUUUUAAACUGUAUAAAAAAUAAAAAACAUUUUUGGAAAA